UUCGAUCCACCCACUUCUCCGACAGCAGAGAUUCGUACUUGGGUGCUGCUACGUCUAAGAAAAACAAUUGGAUUAUAUUAUUUUUCUUAGACGUAUACAAGAAUAUAUAAUCUAUAUUCCACUUCUAAAACAAACAUGCGAUCCGGAGUAGGCCUACUUUUGCUCCUUGGAAUUCAUCUCGCCUAUGCCAGAACACACUCUCUUAAAUAUUUCUACACUGCAGUGUCUGGAGACAUAAACUUCCCAGAGUUAACUACAGUUGGUCUGAUUGAUGAUGGGCAAUUCAUCUACUUUGACAGCAGCAUAAUGAAACCCAUACCAAAGACAGAGUGGAUAAAACAGAAUGAGGGACCACAUUACUGGGAAGAAGAGACUAACAUCCUGAUUAACAAACACAUGGUCUUAAAAAACAACAUUAAGGUAGCAAAAGAACGGUUCAAUCAAUCAACAGGUGUACACACAUACCAGCAAAUGUACGGCUGUGAAUGGGAUGAUGAGACUGGAGCAACAAAUGGCUUUCUCCAGGAAGGAUAUGAUGGAGAAGACUUUCUGAAUCUGGAUUUGAAGGAUCUGAGAUGGAUUUCACCAGUGCAGCAAGGACUCAUCACCACACAGAAGUGGAACAAUGACAAAGCCCUGCUUGAGAAGGACAAACAGUACUUCAACACUGAGUGCAUUGAGUGGCUGAAGAAAUACGUGCAGUAUGGAAAGAGCAGCCUGGAGAAAACAGUCUCUCCUCAGGUGUCUCUGUUGCAGAAGGAUCACUCUUCUUCAGUCACGUGUCAUGCUACAGGAUUUUACCCCAGUGGAGUAACAAUCACCUGGAUGAAUAACGGACAGGAGCAUCAUGAGGAUGUGGAGGUUGGUGAACUUCUUCCCAAUGUGGACGGAACCUUCCAGAAGACGUGCACACUCAGAGUUACACCUGAUGAGUGGAAGAAGAACAAGUUCAGCUGUGUGGUGGAACACAAGGGCAUCAUCAAGGAAGAGAAUGAGAUCAGGACAAACAAUGGAAAUUCUCUUCCCAUUGGCAUCAUUGUUGGCGUUGUUGCUGCUGUCGUUCUGUUGAUUGUCAUGGCUGGCAUUGGUUAUAAGAUCUAUCAGAAGAAGAAAGGCUUCAAACCUGUCAACGGCUCUGAUGAUGGAUCUAACAGUUCAGCUCAUGCAGAGCAACAUGCAUAAAGAUGUAAGUGAGACACCAGAUGCGUGAGAGGGAUGAAGUGAACCUGCUGUCAGUCUUGUGUACAAAAUGUCUCAUGCACAGGAUCACAGAUUUUUGAAUUAAAUACAAUUAAAUGUU